CAGCAUUAACACAGUGUACACACAGUGGUCUGCAUAUAAAACGGGGCACUGGGGCUUUAAAUGGCUCCUUGAACCCUCGGGCACCCAGUUAAUAAACACCCACGUCAGCACAGAGCUCCAUUCGCUCUAACCGGGUUUCGGUCUUUAGGGCUGAGCAGGAAGUGGCAGACUGGACCCUGGACGAGAAAAAAAAGAGGCGCAGGGAAUACAUUUUAAAAACCAUGGAUAUGGUGGCAGACUUGGGGGCGAGUAGACUCUAUCGGGCGCCGGGUGAAUCGAGUCACCAGCAGCCUCAGAGGUGGUUCAACACCGCCGACAUCACAGUGGCUCACCAAAGCAACCUGCUGAAGCAGCUCAACCAGCAGCGGCGUCAGGAGCUGUUCUGCGACUGCAGUGUGCUGGUGGAGGGCCAGCUCUUCAGAGCCCACCGCAACGUCCUGUUCGCCAGCAGCGGCUACUUCCGCAUGUUGCUGUCCCAGGGGCCCGACGGGCUGUCGGACCCCGUCAUCAGCGCCACCUUCGACGUCUUCAGCCCAGAGACCUUCACGGUAAUCCUAGAUUUCAUCUACUCCGGCCAGCUUGAUCUCUCAAGUCUCAACGUUAUCGAGGUGAUGUCCGCAGCCAGCUACUUGCAGAUGAACAAUGUCAUCAGCUACUGCAAGAACUUCAUCAAGUCCUCCCUGGACAUCAGCAUGAAAGAUGAAGACAGUGACCGCUGCCUCAGCUUGUCUGAGACCUGCAGCUUUACCAGUGGGGCAGGAGAAGAGACCACAGAGCAGCAGCAGCAGGGCCCCUGCUCCGUCAGUCCACCACCUGCACUUUGGACCAGGGACAAUUCCAGAUCCCAGUCCAGCUUCAUUGGGAAGGAUCCAGACCUGGAAUCUUCAGCCUCAGCUAUAAAGACAAACCCAAGCAGCCCUGCUAAUGAGCUCAGUGUAGAGGCUGAGGACCUGCAGGACCCUCAGGACCCUCUGUACACACUGCCCAGAUCAGAGCGCCGGAGAGGUAAAGGAGGAGCCAAGAGGAGGGCGCUCAACAGCAACCGCUCUCAUCAACACGAAGACUUGGACCUUCAGGAGGCGAGGACAAAAAAGGCUGAAAAGGCCGAGGAGCUGUACGCAACUCUACCACAGAUUGUCGGUGUUAUUGGACACUUUAAUAAAGACUCCAACCACAUCAUGCGCUUCAAAUGCCCCUUUUGCACCCACACUGUGAAGAGGAAGGCUGACCUGAAGCGCCACUUGCGUUGUCACACUGGAGAGAGGCCGUACCCCUGUCAGGCCUGCAAUAAACGCUUCACCCGCCUGGAGCACCUCCGCAGCCAUUUCGAGACGAUCCAUCAAGCCAGGAAGCUGGUGUGCAGGAAGUGCAAGUGUCAGGUGACGGAGGAGACGGGGCAUGUGGUGUGCGAGGGCUCGCGACGCUACCGCAUGUGCACCGCGUGCAUCGAGGAAGUGGGCUGUGACAACAUCCCCAUGGACGGUCUGGAGGAGGCCGACGACGAGCCGGCCCUGCUGCUGGGCGUGGACGGGGAGGAGGAGGGGGACAGCAAGCGGAGCUGGAUGGUAACCGACGACGACGACCUGGCUGAGGACUCGGGGGCCGACCUCAUCAUCCAGCAAGUGGACGACAGUGAUGAGGAGCUGCAGUGAAAUGGGACCAAAGUGUGUGUGCGUUCAUGUGUGUGUGUGUGUGUGUGUGGUGGGUGGGUGUGUGUAUGAAAUCCAUGCAAUAGAAUUUAUGCAUAAAAGAACUGAUCCACUGAUGUAAAUACACACAUUUAUGAUGUAUUAUUUGUCUAUUAGUUGAAUACAUAGACGGUAUCUAAAGAUGGACGAGAGGAGGCCAAAAGUGAAGCCAAAGUGUUUUGAUUGCCUCCUGGUGGCUGGCUGCAGUAUAUGUCAUAAGUCCCUCCUGUUAAUGGAGCGGACGUGGGCAAAACAAAAAAGUAAAAUGUUUGUUAUAAUACUGAUAAGUUUGGUUUUAAUUAGUUAUAUAAUUAUUUAAAAACAGGAUGUAACGUCAUGAUUGACAGCUAAGACUGACUCGUGAUCGGUCGAGCGCAUGUUUUGGAGAAACCGUGGAUCCAUCCCUCGGUUGCAACUGUGCAGAUUCUGAUUCAGAUUCCACAUGCGCAAGAUGGCAGCGCAUGUAUCCAGAAUAUUUUGGCUUUGAUUCUGGAUAGACCGAGGAAGUGUAGACACGUCCUACAUCUUUAUUUACAGCCUAUGGUUGAAAACAACUGGUUAAUCUUUACUUUGAAUGGGAUUGUGGACCUUUGUGACAAAAUGGAAUGCUUUUUGUGAAGCUUCAUAAAGAUAUGCACUAUCCAAAGCAUGCAUAUUGAGUGUGUCCUGUGCGUCAGUUAUAUUUGUAUGAUAACUCUUUCAAAGACAAGUUUUUUUUGUCAAAUGCAUGGAAGAACAAAAACCUUUGUACUUUUCUGGGACUGAACUUUGAUAUCUGGUGUUUAAGCGAAACAAAGUGACUGAACAGUGACUAUUAUUUCUCUACUGCCUGAGAGGAAAGUUGAAUUCUUUCUUUUCCAUGUCUCACGAUUGCAGUGCUUUUUAUGAUUAGGUUUGAUUAUUAUAUACACUAUGAUAUAACGCCAAUUAUAAUUUAUUUAUUUUUUGUUUGUUUUUUACUUUUUGACACAUUAAAGAUAUUUUUAUACA